AAAGAAAAAAAAAAUGUCUUAAAGGCCCUCAGGAUGCAGCUACAUAUAGUUCAAAGGUUCAUGAAGACAAGAGCUCUAGGCUCUAGCCAUCUUAAAAUGUUGUUCACCAUCAUUUCCCUUCUCUUUCUUCCUUCAUUAACAAGUUCUUCAGAGGCCCAGACCUGGAUCAAAGCAGGUUACUGGUAUUCCAGUAGCGACUUGCCAAUUCCCGAUACAGACUCAACUCUGUUCACUCACUUGACAUGUGCUUUUGCACAUAUCAACACUUCUACUUAUGAGCUCUCAAUCUCACCCUCUGAUGAACCAUAUAUUUCCACCUUCACCGAUAUCGUUCGACAAAAAAAUCCGUCAAUUAUAACACUUCUGUCCAUCUGGGCUGGAGAUUCAAACUUCUCAACCUUCUUUUCGAUGGCUACCCAACCCUCUCACAGAAGUAUUUUCAUUGAAUCAUCGAUACGAACAGCUAGGCUUUAUGGGUUUCAUGGCCUGGAUCUUUGUUGCGUCAAACCGGACACAAGCACCACCAAGAUGGAAAAUAUGGGAAUUCUCUUUGACGAUUGGAGAACUGCGAUAAAUAGGGAAUCAAAGGACUCCACCCGAUCACCGCUUGUUUUGACAAUGGCUGGUCACUAUUUGCCUUCAAAAAACAUCACAAGUUAUCCAAUGGAGUCGAUUCGAAGGAACCUCGAUUGGGUACAUAUCGUAUCAUAUGACUAUCACUUGUCUACAACAGCAAAUUUCACAGGUGCUCAUUCUGCUUUGUAUGACCCCUCAAGCAAUAUAAGUACUGAUUAUGGAAUUAAGGAAUGGAUAAGUAGAGGAUUUCCUGCUGACAAGAUGGUUUUGGGGUUAGCAUACCACGGGUACGCGUGGACGCUGGUGGACCCGAUGGCCAAUGAGAUUGGAUCGCCUGGACGAGGUCCCGCCGUUACGCUUGAUGGUUCGAUGUUCUACAAGUUCAUCAAGUCAUAUAUGCGAUGUGAUGGAGAAAAAGUAGUGUAUAACUCCACUUAUGUCACGAAUUACUGCAUUUCUGGUUCGGUUUGGAUCGGUUAUGAUGACGUGGAGGCUAUCAGAACUAAGGUUUCCUACGCAAGAGAGAAAGGGCUUCUAGGUUACAAAGUAUGGCAAGUCUCCAAUGAUGACAAUUGGGUGCUUUCUAAGGCAGCUCAAGAGGAAGGAAAAGAUCAAGGAAACAACAAAGUAUUAUGGGCUAUUCUGCUAGCUACGAUUGCUGUAGUCACUCUCCUACUCGGGACUCUAACGUGGUAUUUCCGAAGGAUAUUGUUCAAAUGGAAAGUUCUAGUUACGAGGAGAAUUGCUAUACGGGAAAAAUCGCAACAUCCAAACCUGAAAGAAUUUGGUUUCACUGACAUCAAAACGGCCACAAGUAACUUUUCACAUGAGAAUAAGCUUGGAGAGGGUGGUUUUGGACCCGUUUAUAAGGGUAAAUUGCAGGACGGACAAGAAGUUGCAGUGAAGAGACUUUCAGAAUCUUCUAAACAAGGACAAGAGGAGUUCAUAAAUGAGGUUACACUCACUGCAAAACUUCAACAUGUCAACCUAGUGAGACUUUUAGGAUUUUGUACUGAAAGGGAAGAAAAGCUGCUGAUCUAUGAGUACAUGCCUAACAAAAGUUUGGAUUUCUACCUCUACGAUCCAGUUAGACAAGCACUGUUGGAUUGGGAGAAACGGAUUCAUAUCAUCGAAGGCGUGACUCAAGGGCUUCUGUAUCUUCAAGAAUAUUCUAGACUCACAAUAAUCCAUAGAGAUUUGAAGGCUAGCAACAUCUUACUGGACAACGACAUGAAACCGAAAAUUGCAGAUUUUGGUAUAGCUAGAAUUUUUCAGAAAGAUGAACAUGAAGCAAACACCGGUCGAAUUGUUGGAACAUACGGUUAUGUUCCUCCAGAGUACGUAAAACGAGGCAUAUACUCCACUAAAUAUGAUGUUUAUAGCUUUGGAGUUCUACUCUUACAAAUUAUAAGUGGAAAGAAGAAUACAUGUCUAUAUGGUCCGGACAACAAUCUUAACCUCCUAGAAUGCGCGUACGAGUUGUGGAAAGAUGGCAAAAGCAUGGAGUUCAUGGAUCCGCUAAUGGAUGACACGAAUUCAGCAUGUAAACUCACGAGAUGCAUGCAAGUCGCGCUUUUGUGCGUUCAAGAAAAAUGGGAAGAUAGGCCAUCAAUGUUGGAAGUGUACUCAAUGCUCAAAAAUGAAACUGAAGAUGUGCCCACUCCUAAAAGGCAUGCUUUUUCAACAAGACAAGAUAUGGAUGAAGAAAAUAAUCUGAAGUCAAAGGAAGAAAUUUGUUCGGUUAAUUUUGCAACUAUGUCCCAAGUCAUGCCCAGAUGUGUCAUCCAGCAAAAGAGUAGUUCUAUGGUCCGAGAAUUGUGGAAACACAACAACAAAAAAGCUGUUCGUAUAGUGAAUCUGCUCCAAAUACCCAAGUGGAUAUCAACUAUUCAAUCUGUUAGGAAUAAGAUCCUCUGUGGACCGCAAAGGAAUUGGACGGUCCUGUUGAGCCUUUCGCAGGUGUCCAGCCAGUUUACUCGCACCUCGCCUAAUAAGACGCCCUAUUAUCUUGUCCGGCCAGUUUACUCGCACCUCGUCAAUGAGUCUGGCAUUCGUUUAGAAGAUCAGACUGAGAUAAAAAAGGAAAUUCUUGGUUACUUUCAAGGGUUGCUUGGCACUAGGUUUACUCAAACUCGACCUGUUUCUGAAGUUAGACAGGCUAUCCAAGCUCGAGUUCCGUUGGAUAUGGCUUCUACUUUAAUUCAGCCAAACUGGGAUAUAGUUGGAGAUGACGUUGUUCGUGCCGUUAAGCAAUUUUUUGACCCUGGUUUUAUGUUGAGGGAAUCGAAUUCCACAGCCAUUUCCUUGGCUCCCAAGAAGAGUGCUCCUGUUACCAUUAAGGACUAUCGGCCUAUCUCUUGCUAUAACGUAACGUACAAGUGCAUCUCCAAGAUUUUGGUGGCUAGGCUCCAACCUUUGCUUCCUUCUCUGAUUAGCCCUGUCCAAUCUGCAUUCAUUAAAGGCAGAUCUAUUGUUGACAAUAUUCUUCUUAUGCAAGAACUGGUGAAGGACUACCACAAGGAUCAAGGUGCCCCUCGUUGUGCUUUGAAGCUCGAUCUUAUGAAAGCCUAUGAUUCAGUGGCUUGGGACUUCCUUUUUGAAGUAAUGGAGGUAAUGGCUUUCCCUUGUCAGUUCAUUUCCUGGGUUAAGCAAUGUGUUUCUACUGCUAUGUUUUCCAUUGUUAUUAAUCGGGAAUUGGUGGGUUAUUUCCCGAGAAAAAGGGGUUUACGGCAAGGUGAUCCUCUCUCCCCCUAUUUGUUCCUCCUUGUUAUGGAGGGUUUUUCCUCUAUGUUGCAACAACGGAUUGAUGCUAGGUGCUUCUCUUUCCACCCUAGAUGUAGGGAGUUACAACUUUCUCAUAUUAUCUUUGCUGACGAUCUUUUCAUCUUGAGUGGGGCUGAUUCCCAAUCUUUUCAGCUUGUUAGUGAUUUGUUACUAGACUUUUAUUCAGUAUCUGGCUUAAAACCAAACCUCCAAAAGAGCAGUGUGUUUCUUGCUGGGGUUAAUGAUGUCACAAAGCAGAUCCUUUCUCAAAUUCUAGCUGUGCCUGAAGGAGUAUUGCCUGUUCGAUAUUUGGGGGUUCCUCUUAUUACCACUAGGCUACAUGCCAUUGACUGUCAAGUGCUUUUAGAUAAAAUUAUGGGUUGCAUUCAAUCUUGGGCUAAUAAACUGCUUUCCUAUGGAGGCAGGGCACAGCUCAUCAAUUCAGUUUUGUUUAGUACUCAAAUUUAUUGGAGUUCAAUCUUCAUUUUGCCUCAAAAAGUACUUAAAGGGGUGGAGAAGAUGGUGCGAUCUUUCUUUUGGUCAGGUACGGAGUUGAAAUGUGUGGGUGCUAAAGUGGCUUGGGCUGAUAUUUGUGUCCCAAAAGAAGAGGGUGGUUUGGGUUUUCGAGUGUUAAAAGAUUGGAAUAGAGCUUCCAUGACGAAGCUUUUAUGGGCCCUUGCUUUGAAAAUUGAUACUUUAUGGAUUAAAUGGGUAUAUACUUACAUUAUAAAGGAUAAAUGCAUGUGGAAUAUGACUAUCCCUAACUCUGUAUCUUGGACGAUCAGGAAAAUUUUCAAUCUAAGGUCUUUUGUGCAGCCUUGGAUUACUCACCAGGCUAAAGUGGCUUCUAUUAUUGUUGAUAAUCAUUGGCUUUGGCCCAGGGGGAGGAAUACAGUCACUAGAGAGAUUAUUGAGCAUACACCAGUUUCUCUUCUUCCUAAUACUGCCCGGGAAAACUCUAUUAUUUGGAACUUAAAUGCCAACGGUAAAUUCUCUGUUCAGUCUGCUUGGAAUGCAUUCAGAAGGCCCAAACCUCUGGUCCCUUGGGCUAAAGUAGUGUGGUACAAGCAUGCAGUUCCUAGGUGGGCUAUUGUGCAAUGGUUGGCCAUCCUGUGUAGACUUUCCACAAAGGACAGGUUGCAGCAGUGGGGUGUCUUGGCGGAAAACCAAUGUGUGUUGUGUUCAAAUGCUGUGGUAGAUUGGAUGGUUCAACACCAUACUGGCACUCUUUUCUUGAAUCUGGUGGCUAAAGUGGUUUUUGCUGCUACGAUUUAUCAUGUUUGGGGGGAGCGUAACAGACGUAUUUUCCAACAGCAUAGAGGCUUGGAUGUGCGGGGUUUGGAAGCUCAGAUUUGUACAGAGAUUCGGGGAUGGUAUUGUGCGCACUGCAGUGAUGUGCAUUUUUCGUCCGUUGAUCUCGGUACAGAAAAAAUGAAAGGACUUUUAAGUCCUGUAGAUGGUACAUAUAGUUCAAAGGGGGAAGACCACAUGAGCACAAGGCAUCUUGAAAUGUUGUUCAACAUCAUUUCCCUUCUCCUCUUUCUUCCUUCAUUAGCAAAUUCCUCAGAAUCUCAGACCUGGAUCAAAGCAGGUUACUGGUUUUCCGGCAGUGAAUUCCCGGCUACCGACAUAGAUUCAUCUCUGUUCACUCACCUCAUAUGUGGUUAUGCAUACAUCAACAAUUCUACGUUUGAGCUCUCAAUCUUACCCCCUGAUGAAACAAAUUUUUUCAACUUCACCGAUAUUGUUCGCCGAAAAAACCCAACAGUUAAAACACUUCUGUCCAUCUGGACUCAAAAUUCAAAUUUCGCAGUCUACUUUUCAAUGACUAGCCAACUCUCUCACCGAAGUAGUUUCAUUGAAUCAUCAAUACAGAGAGUUAGGCUUUAUGGGUUUGAUGGUCUGGAGCUUAAUGGUGUCAAACCGGGCCCAAACAUGAACAACAUGACAGACAUGGGAUUACUCUUUGAUGAAUGGAGAUCUGCGAUAAAUAGGGAAUCGAAGAAUUCUUCCCGAUCACCGCUCAUUUUAACAAUGGAAGGUUAUUAUAUGCCUUCACAAAACACCACAAGUUAUCCACUGGACUCGAUUCGAAGGAACCUCGAUUGGGUAAAUAUCAGAGCGUACGACUAUCACACGCCUACCAAAGAUAGUUUCACUGGUGCUCAUUCUGCUUUGUAUGACCCCUCAAGCAAUUUAAACACUGAUUAUGGUAUUAAGGAAUGGAUAAGCGGAGGAUUACCUGCCAAACAGAUGGUUUUGGGGUUAGCAUACUAUGGGUACUCGUGGACGCUUGUUGACCCCACAGACAACGGGAUUGGAUCGCCUACAAGAGGAACCCUUCAGGAUGAUGGGUCGAUGAACUACAAGUACAUCAGGUCAUUUUGGAAAUGCGAAGGAGAGAAAGUAUUGUAUAACUCCACUUAUGUCACGAACUACUGCGUUACUAGUAGUUCGAUUUGGAUCGGUUAUGAUGACGUGGAGGCUAUCAGAACUAAGGUUUCCUACGCAAGGGAGAAAGGGCUUCUGGGUUACACAGUAUAUCAUGUCCCCAAUGAUUACAAUUGGGUGCUUUCCACGGCAGGCAAUAAACCUACCUCUGCAGCUCAAGGGGAAGGAAAAGAUCAAGAAAACAACCGAUUGCUAUGGACUAUUUUGAUACCUACAAUUACUCUAGUCACUCUCCUACUCGGGACUCUAUCGUGGUUUUUCCGAAGGAGAUUGUUCAAAUGGAAAGUUCUGGUAACGAGGAUAAUGGCUAUACGGCCGCAGAAAGAAUCGCAAUAUCCAAACCUGCAAGAAUUUAGUUUCGCUGACAUCAAAGCGGCCACAAGUAACUUUUCGCAUGAGAAUAAGCUCGGAGAGGGUGGUUAUGGACCCGUAUAUAAGGGAAAAUUACGGGACGGACAGGAAGUUGCAGUGAAGAGACUUUCACAGUCUUCUAGACAAGGACAAGAGGAGUUCAUAAAUGAGGUUACACUCACUGCAAAACUUCAACAUGUCAACCUAGUGAGACUUUUGGGAUUUUGUACUGAAAGAGAAGAAAAGCUGCUGAUCUAUGAGUACAUGCCUAACAAAAGCUUGGAUUUCUACCUAUACGAUCCAGAUAGACGGGCACUGUUGGAUUGGGAGAAACGAGUUUCUAUCAUCCAAGGCUUGAUUCAAGGGCUUCUGUAUCUCCAAGAAUAUUCAAGACUCACAAUAAUUCACAGGGAUUUGAAGGCUAGCAACAUCUUACUGGACAACGACAUGACACCGAAAAUUGCAGAUUUUGGUCUAGCUAAGAUUUUUCAGAAAAAUGAACAUGAAGCAAACACAGACCGGAUUGUUGGAACAUACGGUUACAUUCCUCCAGAGUACGUAAAACGAGGGAUAUACUCCACCAAAUAUGAUGUGUAUAGCUUUGGCGUUCUACUCUUACAAAUUAUAAGUGGAAAGAAGAAUACAUGUCUGUAUGGUACGGACAACAAUCUCCACCUCCUAGAAUGCGCGUACGAAUUUUGGAAAGACGGCAAAAGCAUGGAGUUCAUGGAUCCGCUAAUGGAUGAUAGGAAUUCGGCCUGUAAACUUGUGAGAUGCAUGCAAGUCGCGCUUUUGUGCGUUCAAGAAAAAUGGGAAGAUAGGCCAUCGAUGUUGGAAGUGUACUCAAUGCUCAAAAAUGAAAUUGAAGAUCUGCCGACUCCUAAAAUGCAUGCUUUUGCAGCAACAAAAGAUAUGGAUGAAGAAAAUUUUCUGAAGUCAACGGAGGAAACUUGUUCGGUUAAUUAUGCAAGUAUUUCUUGGGACAUGCCCCGAUGACAUCUAUCUUUAGCUAUUUCAUUAUGCAGAAUAUGACUCCUAGUGAUUACAAAUGUUCUCUUAUUUUUUUCUUGUAUCUAGCAAAAUAGCAGUUCUACGGUCCCAGAAUUGUCGGGAAAAAAAACGAGAAAGGUACUUGUAAAGUAAAUCUGCUCCACAUACCCAAGUGAAUCUGAACUAUUCAAUUUACUUGGAAUAAGAUCCUCUUUAGACCAUAAA